CCUAGACCUACCCCACAACUACUGGGCCUGUAAAAAUGCCAACUUUCGUCUUCUUCUGCUCGGCCUAGAGUACCCGACACAUCUACCAAUACUUGGUGUGGUACCGGCCUACCUGCUACUUGAGAGUUUUUCCCCGCUGCUGUCGCGGGCCUAUUCCCGCCACUUGCGGGUUUUCCCCGCUGCAACCCUCAAUGUCACGGCCACAGGUUAAUCGGACGGUGGAAUCCCUCCGCUUACGAGGUGCAAAGGUGUUUGAGAAUAUGACAGAGGAGGACAUUCGGACAUAUGCUGUUGGGCUGCUGUCAGAAUACCUGCAGGCGGGCACUUGGUUCAAACGCCUUUGCUCUCAUUAUGGAGCCCGUGCUCUAGCAGCAGGACUACAGGAAGCAAACAAAGCAGCAAGAGAGCAGGCAACAGCAGCCAGAGCAGCUGCGAUGGCUAACGGCGCAAGCUCUGCUGCGUCAUCGUCAGCGUCCUCGUCAGGGACUAAUGGGAGCCAGUUGGGAAUGCCAACGAGUUCCACAAGUUCCUCGGGCACUUCCGGUUCCACAGGUUCUAGACAGUCUUCUAGUCAAAUGGCGGGCGCGCAGUUCAGCCCGUUGACCUCGCAUGAGAUGGAGCUCAGAGAGAUCCAGCCGGUCGAGAGGCUCCGACGUAAGUUAGAGCAGGACCUGAAAGAUGCUAUCGAUAGAGAAAAUGCGAUGAAAACUAGAGCAGCCAGGCUUGAAACUUUAGAGGCUGACAAGGCUGAAUUAGAGUGCUUGGAUGAGUCAGCAUUGACUGACCCGGUGAAAGUAUUGAAGAAGAAUAUGAUGUCAUUGCACGCACACGUGGACAGCAAAUUAGACUUCAUGCAGAGCACUCUAGACCAGUUCUUGGAUGCUUUGACAAGGCCAGGAUUCCGGCCACCAGCACAAUCGCUGUUGCCGUUAUCGGCGAUGUCAGACCCCUUUCCAGUUCAAGCUGGUACACAACCAAGUGGGGAAAGAAAGGACGAAGAACUCAACACUUGGUUGAGAACGGUCCCGGUUUGGGUGAAGGCCAAAAGAACCUUGCUAGAGGACGAAGUGGUAACUGCGACAUCUUACCUAGAGGGUAAGGCAGCCAAAUGGUUAGAUGGUGUAGUUAUAAAGGCCGGGUAUGGGAGACGCAUGGCGGACUGGGCUAAGUCUCUAACGUUAGACCAGUUUAUGGAAAUGGUAGAAGCUGGAUGGCAUAACCCACAGGCGGCACAAAGGGCCUCUGAUGCCAUUAACAAACUAGACCAACGAAAGUUCAAGUCGGUUAGAGAGCUUACGAUUACUGUUGAGAGCCUGAUCCUCGUCCCAGGCAUUAACUACAGCGACCAGUUCCUCUUGACUACGUUUGUCAGAUGUCUCCCAGAGAACAUCAGGAACUUACUAGCCAGUGAGGCACGCACCGAGUACCACUCGUUUGAGACAUUGUGUAGGAAAGCCUUAGACUUGGAGGCCACGCUAGGCAAUGCUCAACCCACCUCAGGGAAUGACUCAAAGAAGAAGAAGAGUCCUCAGGAAUGGAAGAAGAAGAGGGCUAAGUUGAUGAUGGUUGAGUCAAAUGGGACUCAAACUGAGAUCGACGAACUCUCUGACCUGAUGGACCAUACAGAGUAUGACGGCGAGGAGGUAGCUGAGGGUAGCACCCUCGCCGCAGCAGUCAAGACUAAGGCGGCUGGCCGAGGGAAGGGCCAACCUAGGGGUCAAGGGAAGACCGCCUCCAAUCAGACCAAACAGGCUGAGUGGGUUAAGGCAAGUCUUGAUCAAGACGUGUGGCGUGACCGCCGAACGCGUGGCUUGUAUCAACUGCGGGGAAUACGGACACUCGCAGACCGGGUACGGCACCUUAGUAGACCAGUAGCAUCUAUUUUGGCCAACAAAGAGCGCAUGAUUGUAAUGGACUACAUCAAGGACGUAGUCUGUACCUUCUCCUAUGGAGGAGGAGAGCUUAACCAUAAGAUCUCGUUCUUGGUUAGCGACGACUUACCAUUUGACAUGUUGUUAGGCAUGUACUACCUCAAAGUUGUUGAGCCCCAGUUUGACUGGGAUAAGAAGGUGCUCAAACAUAAGUUGCCCAAUGGCCGAACUGUCAGAUUGACUAAGUUCAAGGCCAGCAGUAUUGUAGAUACCUAUGGCUGCUUGUGUGCAUCAGCGUUCUACAAUUACUACAAGCAAAACCAAGAGGAGGGUAUGUACCUUGUUUAUGUCUCUGAGAAAGGGGAGGCCGGUAAAACACCCCCAGAGAUAGAACGCGUCGUUGCUAAGUUCCCUGAUCUGUUCGAGGAGCCCACAAGAGUUGUUGAAAGGGAAGUCGUCCACACUAUAGAAAUCAUUCCAGGGAUGCUGGCUCAGCAGGAUGGGAAAAAGUUGAGACCGAUUGAGUACACGAGUAAGAAGAUGCCAUCGAAGAAGUUGGCUAAGUCCACCUACGAAAGGGAACUCUAUGCUCUCUACAAGGCACUUGUCCAUUGGAGACACUUCCUUUUGGGAAGGUUCUUCUAUCUGAGGACUGAUCAUCAGACCCUCAAAUGGAUCAAGACUCAACCGACUCUUUCUGAUGCACUCAAGCGAUGGAUUGAGGUCAUAGACCAAUAUGACUUCAAGCUUGAGUACAACAAGGUUGUAGACGCGCUAUCCCGUAGAGCAGACAACCUAGGUGCGCUAGUUUCUGACUUCGGCGUAUCUAAUGAAGUAACUCAAUCAUUGGUGGGAGCCUAUCAGGAAGACACUGUCACGAUGAACAUCAUUCGCAAACUUCAGGCAAAAGACAAGGCCACAGAAAGAUUGAGUGUUUCCAUGGAUUUCAUGGACACCCUAGUGACCAGCAAGAGUGGUAAGAGGCACAUUUUCGUCAUCAUUGACCGAUUCACCAAGUACGCUAGACUAGUACCAAUGCCAGAGACAGCCAGGAGAGAAUACGUCAUCAAGUUGUUCAAGGACAACUGGGUAAGGGACUUUGGUUUACCAAAGACCAUCAUUAGUGACCGAGACGUCCGAUUCACAAGUGAGCUGUGGAAGAAGACUGCGGAACAGAUGGGCAGUCAACUUCAGAUGACUCCAGGGAAUCAUCCCGAAGCCAACGGACAGGCCGAACAAAUGAUCAGAGUUGUACAACACUUGCUGAGGCAUUACAUCAAGGCCAGUCAGGAUGACUGGGAUGAGCAGUUACCUCUCAUCGCCAGCCUGUACAACAAUGCUAUACAUAGCAGUACCGGCAUUAGUCCUAACCAGCUGCACUUAGGAUGGAAGCCUAGAUCAGCACUAGACUUCCUCCUACCUGAAAACCGACCCGCUGCAACUCCAGGCACACUUGAAUACGGUGUGCAAUAUGAGAAAUUGCUGCAAGAGGCUGUUGAACAUAUGAAGAAGGCUCAGCAAGCCAUGAUUGCUUCUGAGAAUCAACAUCGCAGACAGUCCACAUUUCAGGUAGGGGAACGUGUUUGGGUCAAGGCUAGUGAGUUAGGACAGGAGUUCGGAAUAUCUCACAAACUAAUGCCUCAGUACUUUGGUCCCUGGGAAGUCUUGGAUGUAGUGGGAGAUGAGUCGGAUGGUCCCACUUAUGUCAUUCGUGUCCCUGGACACCUACGCACUCACCCAGUCUUUCAUGCCUUGAAGCUGGCACCUUUGGAUGAGACUGAUCAAUUCCCUUCCAGGAGAUCGAUGCUGCCCCCAACCAUGGAUGGACAAGUCGACAUCGAUGACAUUGUGGAUCACCGGGACAUGCCUGUUGCAAAGUCGUUGGGUCGAGGAAGACCUCCUAAACCCAAGAGAGAAUAUCAUGUCAGAUUCAGGCACCACAAAGAUCCCAACGAAGAUCGGUGGUUUACCAAGGAGGAACUGAUUGAGACAGCUCCUCAGGUGGUGGUAGAAUAUGAAAGGAAGCUGAAAGGGAAGGCACCUGCGAAAGUGGACAGUGAAUCUGCGAAGAAAGCGAAGCCAUCUGCACCACCUCAAGGCGAAUUGCUCCUUUCUCUCCCACCAGCUUCUGCACUGCAGGUGUCAAAACAAGCCUCAGCGACUGGGAAAGAAAAAACUACGGGAGGGUCAAAGAAAGGAGGAGCCAGAGCAAGCUGUGGUACUGACAGAAAGAUCACCAGUUUCUUUGCAAAGCCACGAUGAGGUCGACAUAAAACCCCUCCUGUUCUCUCCUCAAGUGGCCUUAUCCGAGCCUGCACCUCAGCAGCCAGCGCAAAAGUUUCUGCAUUCACUGCAAUCAGCAUGAAUUCUCAGAUGCGUGGAUAAAUUUCCCAAUAAACUCUUUGUCCGGGUACUACGUGGAUAGCCUCUGCAACGGAAAAACCAUCUCUGCAAGCAAGUGGAAUCAACAAUGGAAUCAAAAUGGAUUCCUUUUCUCUGGAUAACAUCUGCAACAACCAAACAUCUCUCCAGUCAGCAAUUAAUUAUUGGGUGUCUUGACAAAAUCUUUGUCUGGGGAAUAUCUGCAACGGCAAAAAGUCUGUGCAAUCGACGAUGAAUUCUUGCAUAUCUGAGACAAAACCUUUGUGUGGAUAACAUCUGCGAGCAGGAGAAAUGUGCACAAUCGACAACAAGGUUUGGAACACAUCUGGAUAUAAAAUCUUUGUCUGUACAAUAUCUGUGACGGCGAAAAGCCUCUGCAAUCGACAACAUUUUCUGGGUCUCUGAUCUUUGUCUGGACAAUGUGUGCAAUCAACAACGAAUUCGUUCGUGUGCGGGUGACUUUGCAGUGUUGCUCCAUCUUCUCCUAGUACGUUGUUCAUUCUCGUAGGCAGUAUCCUGUGGGUGUGCGGAAGGAGCAAUUCUGUGGGGUUUCAGUUCUAUAGCUUUGCACGAUCUUCUCUCCAGGUUCUUAGAUGCUCGUGGGCCCACUUUUCAAUUGCUUGUGAGCUUGACACAAGCAUAUACCAGUCUGUACAGUGGGCCAAUCGGCCAGGACAGGCUGCAGUCCCAGGCAGUCCCUCUAUCUCUCAGCAGAAUGUGUCGCUGCUUCGCUGCUCUCUCUCUCUCUCUCUCUCUCUCUCUCUCUCUCUCUCUCUCUCUCUCUCUCUCUGUGUGUGUGUGUGUGUGUGUGUGUGUGUGUGUUGUCAUAUUUGCUAUACAGUGUAUACACUCAAAAAAGCAUGACUGUGCCAGACUGUGUCGUCGGACUUUCACCGACUCAUCAGGAGGUUGCGUGUGUAGCUGUGAGCAUUCCUACUACGGAACUAAGUGGAUCUACCUCGAGUCACAGUGGGGACUACCUAUUCCUGGCAGGCUGAAUAGGAAAUCUAUAGCAGCUGUAGUUUCCCAGGUUUCGUUUGGGAUGAGUGUGUGUACAGGCAGAUGCUUCAGGACAAGGAGGCGGUUGUGUUUGUCUUCUUGAUAUUACUGAGCCAUUUUUGUGUGCAUGUUUACCACUUCAGGAAGUCGUUUCAUUGUCAGCGAUGGUAGCAGUCACAGGCAUGAGGGACAGUUAUUGGAGGUACAUGGUGGGAAAGUCAUUUAUCUCAUCUUCCUCAUCUGUGCUUUGGAGCUUCUAACAGGUGAUGCCUAUAUUGGAGAGACGCGGUGGGAUAGCCAUUCGAGCUUCCAGGAAUAAGGGGAAUGUGACCAAUAAGUUUCAUCUUCUACCACGUGAUUUCAAAGUUACUCCUGUUUGCAGGGACCGACCUGCAAACCUUGCAUGUUAAGAAUCCAACGAGGAUUAUGGACAGCCUAACUUUGGAGGGUCAGCUGCAGUGUUACAUGCUGAGGGUCAAUUGGAUAUGGACUCUGGCGAUGAUUGGUGACCGAGCACGAAAGGCAAUGAGAAAAACAUUAUGGAUUGGUUGCAUUCAGUUGUCGGGAGAUGAAUGUGAUGAGCAACACACUGGGGCACGGAGAGAGAGCGAGAGAGAGAGGGAGGAGAGGGGGGGGGGGAGCGAACUGUCUGUAUGUUAUCACAUUCUGUGCUUUGUGUUACUUUAUCUUGGAGAUAAGUGCGUUGUUCUGAGAA